AUGCAUCGUGAUAGCGCAGUAUCCGUCCCUUCAGCCUCCUAUGGACGUCGCCUUAUUGCGACUACCAUUGACGAAACUGCUCAAGCCUUCCCCAACCGCACCUAUGCUUCCAUUCCCAAUUCCGCCACGGAUAUCUCUCAAGGGUACCGCGACCUUACUUGGGCUGAAUUCGCCAGUGCUAUUGAUCGCACAGCAUACUGGCUAGACGAACACCUCCCCCAACCACCAUCCUCUUCCGCUUCCUCCAGCGAUGGGUCCCCUCGUUCAAGCACGCCUACGAACAGCGACGAAGAUGAGUCGACAGCGGGAAAGAAUUGUCCUCAGACGUUCACAUACUUCGGUCCUCGUGACCUGCGCUACAUUCUCUUCCUCUCCGCAGCCCUGAAGACAGGCCGUCGCAUGCUGAACACCAGCCCGAUGGGCUCUCUCGAAGCCCAAGUGUAUCUCGCCAAUGCGUCUGGAUGCCGUAUCUUCCUCUACGCGGAGAGCCUCGGCGGCAUUGUGCCGGAGUAUGUGAGAGACAUUCCGCAGCAGGUCAAAGGCGCCAUCACCAUGGCGGCCCCUUCAUUCGAGGACAUGUUCUUCGGUAAAGGCGACGGUGUGCAGCAGCACUAUCCGUAUGAGAAGACGUGGGAUGAGGCGCGGCGCGAUGAGGUCGCCAUCUUCCACACUUCUGGCAGCUCUGGAUUCCCAAAACUAGUGCCUUACACGAACGAAAUGCUGGCCCGCGUCGAUACCUGGAACCUUCUGGACGAAGUUGACGGCAUGGCUCCAUGCAGAGAGUACUACGUCAACAAGAGGCUCUGGAUUGGUCUACCACUCUUCCAUCUCGGCGGCGCCCUCAUCUCCCUCCCCUGCGCCGUCUUCCUCUCCACCAUCCCUGUCCUCUCCGGCCCCACGACGAUCCCCACCCCAGCCGCCUUCACCCAAGUCCACACCCACAACACCUCCCCGCCACUCGACGGCAUCUUCGUCCCACCCGCGCUGCUCGAAGACCUGGUCCGCGACUGGCCCCAGCACCACGCGGCGCUCUCCUCCUUCAGCAUCAUCCUCUUCGGCGGCGCGCCCCUCUCGCACGCUGCCGGCGCCGCCCUCGCGCCCCUCGGCUCGCUGCGCACCCUCAUCGGCAGCACCGAGGGCUGCUACUGGCCGACGCUGCGGCCUCCGAACGAUGACCUCGUUGACAAUGAUGAACAUGGUGGUAGUGCUACAUGGGACCACAUCGCGCCGCACCCGGCCAUGGGCGCGGCCUUCGAGCACCACGCCGACGACCUGUACGAGCUGGUCGUGCCGCGCUCGGCGGACCGCAGCGUGGCGUUCACGAACUUCUUCGCGGCGUGCGAGACGAUGGGGCUCGGGGAUGAUGUUGAAGUCAUCCGGACGAAGGACUUGUUCAGCCCGCAUCCGGAUCCGGAGGUCAUGAAGAAGGGCGCGGGGCUGUGGAAGUACAGGGGCCGGACGGACGACUUAGUGGUGCUGUCGGGCGAGGUGAAGAUGUAUGCGGGGAAGUUGGAGGAGAGGAUCAGGUGCCAUCCGCGCGUGAAGCAUGCGCUGGUCGGUGGGUAUCAGCGGCAGGUGCCGUUUUUGCUGUUGGAGAUCGCGCAGGGGGUGGAGGUCGAGACGGAGGAGCAGAGGGAGGGUGUGUUGGAUGAGGUGUGGCCGGUUGUGGAGGAGGCGAAUAAACACGUUGGUCCGAGGGGGAAGCUGAGGAGGGAGUUGACGUUGUUGGCUGUCAAGGAGAAGCCGUUCGUGAGGCUGGGGAAAGGGAGUGUGGAGCGGAGGGGUACGUUUGCGAGGUAUGAGAAGGAAGUGGAUGAGCUAUAUGAAGGAUUUCAGUUGGGACUAGAUGCCUUGGUGUUGUAG